AUACAAUCACAUGGUAACUAAUUUUUAACCCAAACAAUGAAAAAUCACACGGCUACCUUACUCCUUCCACACAUUCCCAAUCCUCUUUUUUGGGCCGCAUGACAACUACCACAAACACUAAUCACAUUUUGUAGUAUAUAUAUAUGUGGAGAGAGAGGCAAGUAUAGUUCAGACAGUAACAUACUAACAGUAUACACAACGGUAUUAUAUUUUGGUAACAGAUCAAAGUUCCAUACAUGUCUCUGAAGAAAAGAUCUUGCUCGAGGCUUAGUCUCACCGAUUUGAUGGAGAAGUGGAGGAAAUGCAAGAAAGGACACUUUGCAGUGUACACCAGGGAAGGCAGGAGGUUCGUUUUGCCGUUGAAUUAUCUGAAACAUCCAAUCUUUCAGGUCUUGUUGGAGAUGGCAGAGGAAGAGUUUGGUUCCACCAUUUGUGGCCCUUUACAGGUACCUUGCGAUGGAGGUUUGAUGGAUCACAUCCUCACGUUGUUGAGAAACAGGAGUUUGUCUGACCAUGAUGAUGAUGGUGGUGAUGACGGUUUGAAGAAGAAGACGAUGAACCAUGAUGUGUUCUCCAUGAGCACGUCCUGCAAGGGAGCUUCAUCGGUUUCAUAUUUCUUCCCUCUCUUCCGUUGCACAGCGCAUGAUCUGAGCAAGCUCCAGUCUCUAGUUUUUUAACAGUUUACGCGUUGUGGAGAGCGCUUUUACAUACAAAGGUCUUUUCUGUUUUUGUAGAUAUAU